GUCUCACUCCUUGUGCUGGAAGUUGUCGUGUCCUGGCCCCGCCCCUCCGCUCCGUGCUAACGUUAGCUCCGCUCCUCGCCAACACUCCGGCCCCGGACGAAGCGUCGAUUAGUCGGAACAGUCGUCAUGAGUCGAACAGGAGUCGAGUCAGAAACCCGGAAGAGCCCGUGGGGGUCGGUGGCCCCAGCAGCUCCGGCCUGUUCUCUGUCUGACGUGAUGAGCGAGCAGCUGGCCAAGCAGCUGCAUGAGGAGAACUCCUCCUUCCCUGAUCUCACCGAGCCAGGAGCAGAUCUGCUGUGGGAGGAGGAAGCUUCUGAAACAACCAGUGACCUGAUGCUCGCCAAGAUGCUGCAGAUGCAGUUCGACCGUGAGUGUGAUGAUCAGCUGCGCCGCGAGGAGAAGAAGUUCAAUGGAGACAGCAAAGUGUCCAUCUCCUUUGAGAACUACCGCAUGGUUCAUCGAUAUGAAGACAGCGGCAGCUCAGAGGACGAGGUGGACUGGCAGGACACGAGAGACGACCCCUACAGAGCAGAUAAGCCUCAGACGACACCCCGUAAAGGCUUCACUGGAAAAGGCAAGAACAUCACGACCAAGCACGACGAGGUGAUCUGUGGUCGUAAGAACACGGCUCGCAUGGACAACUUUGCCCCUGAGGUCCUGGUGGGCGACGGCCUGGGGAUGGACCUGAAGCUGCCCAACCAGGUGUUCAACGCUCUGAAGCAGCACUGCCACAGCGAGCAGAGACGCAGCGCCCGGCUGCACGAGAAGAAGGAGCACUCCACCUCCGAACAAGCUGUGGACCCGCGCACUCGGCUGCUCAUGUACAAGAUGGUGAACACGGGCGUCCUGGAAAACAUCAACGGCUGCAUCAGCACGGGUAAAGAGUCGGUCGUCUUCCACGCUAACGGAGGGAGCCUGGAGGAGCAGCCGGUGCCGGACGAGGUGGUGCUGAAGGUGUUUAAAACCACGCUCAAUGAAUUUAAGAACCGGGACCGCUACAUCAAAGACGACUAUCGCUUCAUAGAUCGAUUCAGCAAACUGAACCCCCGCAAGAUCAUCAGGCUGUGGGCCGAGAAGGAGAUGCACAACCUGCUCAGGAUGAAGAAGGCGGAGAUUCCCUGUCCGGAGGUGGUGCUGCUGAAGAAACACAUCCUGGUGAUGUCGUUCAUCGGUAAAGACCACAUCCCUGCUCCCAAACUCAAAGACGCCAUCUUGGGUUCAGAGGACAUGAAGAAGGCUUACUACCAGGUUCUCCACAUGAUGCAGCAGCUGUUUCAGGAGUGUAAUCUGGUUCAUGCUGAUCUCAGUGAAUACAACAUGUUGUGGCACGAGGGGAAGGUGUGGUUGAUCGACGUCAGUCAGUCCGUGGAGCCGACUCAUCCUCACGGCCUCGAGUUCCUCUUCAGAGACUGCAGGAACGUCUCCACGUUCUUCCAGAAGAGAGGAGUGAGUGAGGCGGUGAGUGUGUACGAGCUCUUCAACAUCGUCAGCGGACUGAACAUCACGGUCGGUGCUGAGGACGACGCUGAAUUCAUUUCAGAGAUCGAGGCGCUGGAGAAGAGGAACGAGGAUCACGUGCAGAGACGAGGGAAGAAGAGUUUCCCCCCCGAGGCCUGUGAGGACGACAGCCCCCCCUCCAGCCCCGGGGGGGCAGCGGACUAAGGCUCGCCCGGCCCUCUCUCUCUUCAGGAUCUUGCCGUGUUGAAAACGCUGUAAAGAGAAUAAUGGAGGAGGUCGCUUGUGCCACACCCCCUCCACCCCCUCCACCAACCAACUGCUUCCUGUAAACAUGCGGGGUGGAGCGCCUCCUCCUGGCUGGGAGGAAUGAUUUGACCCAGUGGGAUGUUGAAGGCGGAGCCUCCUGCAGUUUGCUGGAGCUGAGACCACAUCUGGAAUCUUCAAACUGACUUGAGUCAGAAUCGUUUAUUAUUAACAGCUUUGUUAAAAACCUGAGUGAUUUUAACUUCUCGUGGAGAAGUUCUCAGGAGGAAACUUUACUGAAAUGAUGAUUAUUAUUUUUGAGGUGAUGAUACAACAGCGACACGUUGGGUUUGAAUAUUUGACGUCAGUGAGUUCAAAGAACGAGCAGCAAACGUAAUGAGAUCCAAACGGAGUGAAACAGUUUGAUCAAAUGAAAUCCAAUUCAUAUUCAGUUUUUUUUCUCAAGAAUCUAGAUACACUGCCUCUUUAUUAAAACCUGAAAACACAAACUCACCUGAAGGUGGUUCACUAGAUUCCGUGGACGCAGCGACAUGUCGAGUUUGUGGAGAAUAUUUAAGAUGAUGAAACAUUUUGGUGACGCAUGAAAUUAAAAAGUGUGAAACAAGCUUUUUGUCACAAUCGAUGAGUGAAGCAGCUUCUGAGCUUCACGUCAUUUUAAUUUGAUCACAGACGAACGUGUUUGACUUUAAUGGAUGAAGGUUUGAUUUAUGAGUCUGAUGAUGUCACAAGCUGUUGAUUUGACAUUAAACAGUGAAGAAGAA